AUGCAGUCAUAUCUGCAGAGACGCCGGAUUUACAAGCAACUCGAGCGGCAGAUCGUGGUGAAACAUGAAGGCCCCGAGGACGUCUGGACUUAUGAGCGUCGAUACUGGUAUCCCGAAGGAGGAGGCCUGUCCUCUGACCCCCGCGAUCCGGACAACGGUGCUGCCGCCGAGCGGCGCAGAGAACAUGGCCAUCAUACGAGAAUCGGAGGCCCGACCCUUGCACCGCGCCAUACGGCCCGCUUGCACUUGGAACCGGAAGGAGAUGCUGAGCGUGCCGAUAUUCAUCCGGAUUUUCAAGCCGACCCGUAUACUAUCAACACGAGAGACUCGAUAGGUGGCAGAGUCGAUAUGAUGGUGACUGGCGUGGAAAGAGCCCGGCCCGGGGACGAGCAGUCUAACGCCACUGUUGGCACUGCCUCUGAUGAAUUGCAUGAUAGAGGAACCGAUACCGACAGCAUUGACGAAAAGGAUAGGAUCAUCGUGGUCACUUAUGAAGGGGACACAGACCCAAUGGACCCUCACAACUGGUCACUUACAACUCGUUGUCUUUGUACAACGCUUCUCUCUCUCCUCGGCGCGAUUACGCUGUGGUCAUCGACUAUUGAUGCCACUGCCCUGGUAAGGACCAAAAUACUCUAUCAUACCAGUUUCGAGUUAGAGACUGUACCAACUGCCUUGUAUUUAAUUCUACUGGGAGCAGGUGGGAUCAUCGCAGCCCCAGUGUCUGAAGUUAUUGGUCGAAAUCCGGUAUACAUCUCGUGUACGCCUCUGUUCAUGCUCUUUGAAAUGGGAUCGGGUCUUGCUCAAAAUGUCACCCAGCGGAUCGUUUGCCGUGCCCUGUGUGGGCUUUUCGGAUCAGCACCAUUGGUGUGUUCUGCAGGAGCUCUAGUCGAUCUAUGGUCGCAGAUUGAGCGCGUGUACGUAUUCCCAUUCUAUGCCAUUGUCGCAUUUCUCGGUGCUACAACAGGCCCCGCGCCUGGUUCAGUGAUAGUCUGGGUUCAUGCUGUGAGCUGGCGCUUCGUGGACUGGAUGACCAUUAUUAUGGCAGGAAUCAUCCUUGCACUCACUUUACUCUUCCUGCCCGAAACUUACAGCCCAGUCAUUCUGCAAUGGAAGGCAAGACAACUCCGUCGGCUUACGGGCGAUGAACGGUACCGCGCCCCAGCAGAGUUCAGAAGUCUGCCGGUCAAAAAGCGUAUUCUGCACGCGCUCUACAGACCAUUAUUAAUGUUAUGGUCAGAGCCUAUCAUUAUGAUGUACUCCGGUUAUCAAUCGAUCAUCUUCAUCGUGCUCUAUACCUUCUCGGCCGGCUACGUCGACAUCUUCGAGAAAGUCUACAAGCUCAACCAAGGCCAGGCUGGAGUUGCCUUCCUCUCUUUUGCAGUAGGUGUCGUUCUUUCGGCAGCCUUCAUCCCAGUGUCAAUGAAGCUCGUUCGACGGGACAUUCAUCGCUGCCGCGCCAAGGGUCACCUCCGGCCCGAACCAGAGUACAACUUGUACCUCGGGAUGAUCGGGGCGCCGUUCAUUCCGAUCUCGCUCUUCUGGUUGGGCUGGACAGCAAAACCUAGUAUUUCUAUGUGGAGUGGGCUUGGAGCCGCAGUCGUGUUCGGCUUUAGUGUUCUCUGUGCCUUUGUCUCGACAUAUCAGUAUAUUACAGCCACCUUCGAGAAAUACCCAGCCAGCGCGCUGGCCUCGAUUCAACUGAUGCGGUUGACUGCGGCAGGUGUGAUGGCAGUCCUCGCACGGAUCAUGUAUAAGAAUUUGGGUAUACCUUGGUGCUUGACUCUACUCGGGUUGAUUGCGACGGUGUUCUUACCAGUGCCUUACUUGCUAUACAUAUGGGGAUGGAAAGUACGACAAUGGAGCCGGCAUGCACUAAGCGAGCACACUGGGUGA